UGGGCAAGUCUGUGGGUAGGAGCUACGGCUUUCUCUGUGACAGGAGCUAGGGGUUAUGGAAGACACUUCAGCCGUCAUGGAUCCAUCCAGCAUUCAAGGGAAAAGAAUCGCUGUCAUUGGUGGUGGCCUGGUUGGAUCGUUAAACGCAUGCUUCCUUGCAAAGAGGAAUUUCCAAGUUGAUGUCUAUGAAGCUAGAGAAGAUAUCCGAGAGGUCAAAGCUGCACGUGGAAGAAGCAUUAACUUGGCCCUUUCUUAUAGAGGACGACAAGCCUUGAAAGCCAUUGGCCUCGAAGAUCAGAUUGUAGCUCAAGGUAUUCCCAUGAGAGCAAGAAUGAUUCACUCUCUUUCAGGAAAAAAGUCUGCAAUUCCCUAUGGGACAAAGUCGCAGUAUAUUCUUUCUAUAAGCAGAGAAAAUCUAAACAAGGAUCUAUUAACCGCUGUUGAGAAAUAUCCCAAUGUGAAGGUGUACUUUGGCCACAGGCUGUUGAAAUAUAAUCCUGGAGAGAGAACGAUCACAGUGCUUGGAUCUGACAAAGUUCCCAAAGAUCUCACUUGUGACCUCAUUGUAGGAUGUGAUGGUGCCUAUUCAACGGUCAGAGCUCAGCUCAUGAAGAAACCUCGCUUUGAUUAUAGUCAACGGUACAUUCCUCAUGGGUACAUGGAGUUGACCAUUCCACCUAAGAAUGGAGAUUAUGCCAUGGAACCGAAUUAUCUACACAUUUGGCCUAGAAAUACCUUCAUGAUGAUUGCACUUCCUAACAAGGACAAGUCUUUCACGUGUACUUUGUUCAUGCCCUUUGAAGAGUUUGAAAAACUCCAAACUAGUGGAGACGUGCUGGAUUUCUUCCAUAAGUACUUUUUGGACUCCAUCCCUCUCAUCGGAGAGCAAAACCUGACGCGAGAUUUCUUUCUGUUGCCUGCCCAGCCCAUGAUCUCUGUGAAGUGCUCGCCUUUUCACUUUAAAUCCCACUGUGUACUCAUGGGGGACGCUGCUCACGCCAUAGUGCCCUUUUUUGGGCAAGGAAUGAAUGCGGGCUUUGAAGACUGCUUGGUAUUUGAUGAGUUAAUGGAUAAAUUCAAUAAUGACUUUAGUAUGUGUCUUCCCGAAUUCUCAAGAUUUAGAAUUCCAGAUGACCAUGCGAUUUCGGACCUAUCCAUGUAUAAUUACAUAGAGAUGCGAGCACAUGUCAACUCAAGGUUGUUCAUCUUCCAAAAGAAAGUGGAGAGAUUUCUUCACGUUAUCAUGCCCUCUACCUUUGUCCCCCUGUAUACCAUGGUCGUAUUUACCAGAAUGAGGUACCAUGAGGUGGUGCUGCGCUGGCGUUGGCAAAAAAAGGUAAUAAACAAAGGAUUGUUUUUCUUUGGAACACUGAUAGCCAUUGGUACUACCUACCUGCUUGUGAGCUUCAUGUCAUCGCAACCCCAGGACUACUUGAGAAGACCAUGGGACUGGGUCACUAACUUCCGGAAUACAACAUGUCUCCCUGCAAACCUCAUGGGGGCUCUAGAACAAAUCUCUAAUGUCACUAGCAGGUGACAGAGAUCCUGCAGUAGUCAAUGUACUUGAUUUCUCUGUAAUCAAAUGAAAGGAUCAAAACCAUGUUUCCUGUCAUCAAAUUUAAUUAAUGGAAAAUUUUUGUGAUCUUAGAAUUAAAUUCAGUGUAGAAUUAAACUCUGUGUAUUCACUGAAACUAUAUAUUUUUUAAAAGCCACCACUUCAAGAUGCAACAAGCAGCUUCCCACAACACUAUGCUUACAUCUAAAUAUAAAAGUGCAAAGACUAAUACUGCUUUCACUUCUCAAAAAGUGAGGCUCUAGAGGUGUUAAGGAAGACACUGAUCACACACUUUCUUUAAAGGAUGUAACAGAGAUCAUGAUAGGAUUUGACUCAACACCUGGGAUUAAAUAUUCCAAUUUGCCUAACCUGUUAAUGGCACUUCUGAUCACCUGUAUGGAACUUAUCUAAGCACAGAGCUCAGAUUCACUUGAUUAAACUAGAAAUGUAAAUGAAAAAUUGGGGGGGGCUUUAUAGAGAGUUCACAAUGAGUCGAUAUUAUUUCCCAGUCUUCAAAGGCCAGUAAUACCUUCUGAAGACUAGAAAAGUCUAUUAAUGCCAUGCUAAGUGAAACACAGGAAAGGCUGCUUUUAUAAACUAAGUAUCUACAUAGGCAAGAGAAUAGAAAGGAAACAAAGGGAGAUGGUAUUUGUAUAAAUAGGACAGCAUAUUUUAUUCCAUUUCAGGCUUUUAGAAGCAAAUUACUAACUUAUUUAUGAACCACUUACUGUGGCAGAACCAGAAAUAAACUGAUUUUUU